GGCUAUGGAUCGAUCGGGCCAUCUCUCGUCUGGUCACGUGACGUUCUCCCUCCCCUUUCCCCCACUCCCCUCCCCCACGAGGAGAGCCAACGACGUGCCAGCAGCGAGCACUCAGCGGUCACAGCUCGCCCUUCCUCCUACUCUACCGACACCCACCCGAGACAAACCAAAUCAUCAUGUCCAAGAUCGGAAUCAACGGAUUUGGCCGUAUUGGCCGCCUGGUCCUCAGGGCUUCCAUUGAGAAGGGUGCUCAGGUUGUUGCUAUCAAUGACCCCUUCAUUGGAGUAGACUACAUGGUCUACCUCUUCAAAUAUGACUCCACCCACGGUCGCUUCAAGGGUGAGGUGAAGGUUGAGGGCAACUGCCUUGUUGUAAACGGCAACAAGAUCCAGGUGUUCCAGGAGCGAGACCCCAAGGCCAUCCCAUGGGGCAAGGCUGGUGCUGAGUACGUUGUUGAGUCCACUGGUGUCUUCACCACCACCGAGAAGGCCUCCGCUCACUUGGAGGGUGGCGCCAAGAAGGUCAUCAUCUCUGCCCCCAGUGCUGAUGCUCCCAUGUUUGUCUGUGGUGUCAAUCUUGAUGCCUACCAGCCAUCCAUGAAGGUUGUCUCUAACGCUUCCUGCACCACCAACUGCUUGGCCCCUCUUGCCAAGGUCAUCCAUGAUAACUUCGAAAUCGUUGAGGGUCUCAUGACCACUGUCCAUGCCACCACCGCUACCCAGAAGACUGUUGAUGGUCCCUCUGGCAAGCUGUGGCGUGAUGGCCGUGGUGCUGCUCAGAACAUCAUUCCAGCUGCCACCGGUGCUGCUAAGGCUGUUGGCAAGGUCAUUCCAGCCCUGAAUGGAAAGCUCACUGGUAUGGCUUUCCGUGUUCCUGUUGCCAAUGUCUCCGUGGUUGAUCUCACUGUCAGGCUGGGCAAGGGAGCCAGCUAUGAUGACAUCAAGGCCAAGGUAAAGGAGGCUGCCAAUGGACCCCUGAAGGGCAUCCUGGGUUACACUGAUGAGGAGGUUGUUUCCUCUGACUUCAUUGGUGACAACCACUCUUCCAUCUUUGAUGCUGCUGCUGGCAUUUCCCUAAACAACAACUUCGUGAAGCUUAUCUCAUGGUAUGACAAUGAGUAUGGCUACUCCAACCGUGUUGUGGACCUCAUCAAGUACAUGCAGUCCAAGGACUAAAUUUUUUAACUCUACCUAUGUCAACCAUCUUUUAAGUGUCUGAGAAAAGCACAUUUCUAGAUUACAAGACUAGUCGCUAGAAUCAAAUUGUAACAACCCGUACUUGAUUUGUGCUUUCAUUGAAAUCAUUUUAUUUGCUACGAAAAAAUAUAAAUUAUUAUAGAUCUGUACAUUUGCUUCUUUUAAGUCCUAAGCCCAUUGCAAAUGUCUAUUUAUUUCCUGCAUGGAAGGUCUAUUCUCCCACAUUGAUAUUAUGUAUGAUAACAUUCUGAUCUGUGAAUGUUUACUGCUGAACUAGAUUUUCUGCAGAACAGUAUUUAAGAUAUGUCUGUAGGAUUGUCAUUUAAAGUUGAUUCCAGACACUGCAUGUACAAUAUCUGGUGCUGUAGUUGUCGUGCUCAACUGCACACUCGUGUACGGUCAAUAUUUGACAAUAAAUAUUGGAGGAAAAA